CGCACCGAGGCGGCGCCGCGUGUCCCUCCGGCCCCAGCAGCGCGCGGGACCCCGGGCCCUGCGCCCUCCUCCGCACCGCGGACAGACCCCCCCGCCCGCAGCAAAAUGGGGAAACAAAAUAGUAAGCUGGCCCCUGAGGUGAUGGAGGAUCUGGUGAAGAGCACGGAGUUCAAUGAACACGAGCUAAAACAGUGGUACAAAGGAUUUCUAAAGGACUGUCCAAGUGGCAGACUGAACCUUGAGGAGUUCCAGCAGCUCUACGUAAAAUUCUUUCCAUAUGGAGAUGCUUCUAAGUUUGCCCAGCACGCCUUCCGAACCUUUGAUAAAAAUGGAGAUGGGACCAUCGACUUCAGAGAGUUCAUUUGUGCCCUGUCCAUCACCUCACGAGGCAGUUUUGAGCAAAAGCUGAACUGGGCCUUCAACAUGUAUGACUUGGAUGGUGAUGGUAAAAUUACAAGAGUGGAAAUGCUGGAAAUUAUAGAGGCCAUCUACAAAAUGGUGGGCACUGUGAUAAUGAUGAAAAUGAAUGAGGAUGGCCUGACGCCUGAGCAACGGGUAGACAAGAUCUUCAGUAAGAUGGAUAAGAACAAAGACGAUCAGAUCACACUGGAUGAGUUCAAAGAAGCUGCAAAGAGUGAUCCGUCCAUUGUAUUACUCCUGCAGUGUGACAUUCAAAAAUGAGCUUGUGUACGACGCGUCAUAGACUGCACAGAAGUUUAAUGUUCCAUUCAGUUUGCAGCUAUUUCCACACACACAAAAAUUUGCUUGGACUACCUAUAAAUGGACUUGCUUCUUGUGUUUGAAACACUUGUGUGCAUGAGAAUGUCAUUUGCUAAAGAAUUUUAAAAGUAUAUAUUAUAAAAAUAAACUGCCACAACGUGAUGUGUGCAAUGUCAUUUCAUAACAACCCUCUUCCUCUGAAUCCUGUGCAGCAGGCCUGUGCUGCAGUGAAUUAUAUUAUUUAUUGUUCAUGUUUUACUGAUGCUAGCUCUGUGUCUCCUAGACUGAGUAAUGUUAGUGACACUGAAUUCCCAUGGUAAUGUUAACUGUUUAUUAUAAAUCAUGUCACCAUUCUGCUGUAAAGUAGUACUGGACAGACAGAAGGGAAGAGCUUCUCGGCUCCCAGGUCUGAUCCACACGUGCUUGUAUUGUCAGUGGAUAUAAAUGUACUUCAUUUGCAUGCCUUUUAGGUUUGCCUUAAUUCUUACCUCAUUUGCAUCCCUUCAAUAUGGAAAGAGCUAUGUCAGAGGAAUGCAGUAUAUUAAAAAAAAAAAAAAGAAAAUCCUGCUAAAAUCAACCCUUUAAUUAAAAAUAUAUAUAAAUAUAUAUAUAUAUAUAAUGUUUAAAAUAUUGUUUUAUUGCAAGUUUAAAGGUUUUAUUGGAAGUGUAUUGAUCUUUGCCAGAAUUUUCAAAAGCUUCCACAGAGGUUGCAAUAUAUAUGUCCCAAAAUAAAUUUAUAACAUUUGACCUUU